CUCUUUUCUUGCUUCUUCAUCAUCCUCCCCUUCUCUAUGACUCGGUUCGCUGCUUUGCAUUGACUUUGCUGUUACCCUCCCCCCUUCCAUUCGUUCUUUCUCUUGGCCGUUUGGCCGCCGCUCCUUACAGGGGUUCUCAAGCCCCGUUCAUUCUCUACCUGCAAGGCGGUUGAUCCAGUCCUUCGUUCGUUUCCAACUCUUUCUUCUAUCAAAUCCCGUGCUUCUUUUUAUUUUUAUUUUUAUUUUCUUUUCUUCUUGCCGACAAAUCCUUUCGUUAUCCAACCUUGGCUUGUGCUUGAUCGUCAUCCCUCAGUUUGUCUUGGAUCUUUGACUGGACACCGAAUUAAUGCUCUGGGAGAAAAACAUCGUCCUUUUUCCAUUCCUCUACAGAUCCUACUAUCGAACUGUUACGGUUCUCCUUAUCCUCAUUGAUACUUCUUCCAUUUUUAGUCGACACCCCUUUAUACUUGGACUUUGACCCACCCCCAGACCAGCAUGAGCCAUAGAAUUGCAGCGCGCCAUGGCGCUCACGUGGGGACAAGAUACCCGCGUAGACCGGAUAUUGUACCUCGAGACCGUCUACCGUUCCUUUCGGUUUCCGCACCCCCAACCAUGGUAAGGCGGAGUGACUCGACCCAAACAUGUGGAUCCGAUGGCGCGAGCAGUUGUCAACUGAAUGACACCACGGCCAAGAAUGCAACUUUGCCCGUUAUCCUGGGAGUCGUGAUUCCCGUCGUGUGUGCCAUCGUCGUUUUGAUUAUCUUGCAUCAAAGAUACCUGAGAAGACUUCGCCAGGAGGAUGCCGAAGACAAGACCCGUUCACUUGAUUAUGGCCUGGGUAAUGUUGGAACCUCUGGCCAACAGAACAUGGAGGAGAAAUCCGAUCAGAAAGGCGGCAAAUAUGUGUCUCUGGACAUGACCAACCCGAACAGUCCAUACCUCCUUCCCCCCGGCCUCACGCACUCACGUGAAUCAUUGCAUUCCUUGUCCAGGACGUUCAGCGAUGACAACAAGUACCGACCUGCUGAUUCUCUCUUCCGGAGUGAUGCUGCUUCAUUGCGGACCCGAGGACCAGUGGAUGACGCCUCCAGCUUCACUGGAUCGGCCAGGCUUCACACACCACCGGAUGAUAUGAAUCAAGGCCUCUUGAAGAAUGCUCAAAGAAUUUCGAGGUCCUCCCCCCCGCUUUUCAAGCUGGCUGAUAACGAGCCCGAAAGCCCACAAAAUGCUGGCUCCAGUCGUGACCCAUCACAACUUAAUCUACCAACGGCUAUUAGUCCCGGUUUAGCAGUGGGAGACGAUUCGCAGAACUCCCAUGUCAGCGGCUCGAACUCCGUGGCCACGGAUUUCAGAAGAAGCAACGAUUACUUGAGCUCGUCCGUCCACCGUGACAGUCCAUCUCCGGACGCCUCUCACAGCGCUGAUCCUGCUCACGUUGAAGUCGUCGUUUCCGAUUAUUCGAAUUCCUCCGACUUUCCAUUGCCUCCCACGUCAGCCUCCCACCAUGACAAUCUCGCUACGGCACAAGUAAACCUGGAGCCUACCCAAGCGUCCUCCAUGCAUGCCCCGAGGAUUUCACUCCCAUUGAGUGAUGGUGCUAGUGACUAUGGCGAUGGCAGGAAUUCAACCCUUAAUCCGGUAGUGAAGGUGGAUGGAGUGGAGGACAAGAGUGCGGCGAGCAAAGAGACACUCGGUAACCCUGCUGUGGCCUCGCGAGAGUCAGUUUACAGCACCACCGGAGGGGCUGAUGCCCGUCGUAUGACCUUUGGAUUGCGCCCGCUCCCUCCAGAGGAUCCCGCAGAAGAUCCGGAGCAGCGUGCUAAUCGGAUCCGCUCUUUUUACAAAGAGUAUUUUGAUCAAAAUCGGACUGAGAAUGGCGAAUACCAUCAAGAAUUUGGUCCUGAGUUCUAUGCGGAUAGCGCUGUGUAUGACCCCGUCACAGGAGAACCUCUUGGAAUACCUAGACCAUUUGCUGAACCGUACGCUCGUCGUGCAAUGACUCCGCCUCCUCGCGCUCCUCCAAGAUUCCAGGGAGCAGCUCGUCAUAUGGCCACAGGCUCCACCGGCAGCGGCUUUGAUCUACCCAGCCCCCGCGUUUUCUCCUCUGCCUCUGGACGUUUCCCUGGUCCUCAAGCCCCGCGCAAGCCAAUCCCCCCUCCGGCACCUCUCAAGAUCCUUCCAUCUCCCCACUCGCUGAAAGAUGACUUCUACAACCAGUCCAUUGAGUAUGUCCGCCCGGGAUUCGAUGACCGACCUGACACGGCUAUGAGCCGACGAGCCGCCACUCCUAUUCUCGCUUCGCCAUUCGAGGAACUUUCCGUAUUACCAAGCCCGCACGCUUUGCGGAAAUCAGGAGCCUAUACAAAUCUGGAUUUUGCUCCGCCGCCUAGGUUUAAGACAGGUGACACUUCAAGCGAUACAGGCAGUAUUCACAGCAACCGCACAGGACUCUCGGCUGCUCAGCUGUAUAAUAUCCGCUCGGGUGCGUACCGCGUCAGUCGUUUGCCUGCAGAUACCGUGGGUACCAAGGAUGAUCUUCUCGCCAACCUGGGCCGUCCCGACUGGAACAUGGGGCGUUGAAAAAUUCGACGUCUUUUGACCAAUCUCGACUGCCUCUGGUUCUGGGCCUAAUGAUAUAUAUCUGUUUUUUUUUUUUUUUUUUUUGCCAUCCUCUCUUCAAGUUACGAUCUGUCACUUGUUGAUCUCCUUGAUAUUAUUUGGCGCUUUGCUGCAAAUAUUGGGACGAUUUUCUUUUUCUGCUUUUCUAUUUCCUUCCAGAUCGUGCCCUCUUAUCCUGAGACGUUACAGGCGUAAUUAACACUGGCGUUUCGUGCUGUUGUGCUUACUUUUAUAUUAUAUUUCCCGCCAUCGCCUUGGGAACCUUGUCCUUAUAUUUGCACAUUGCAAUGGAUAUCAAGAUGAUUCUUAAUUUGUUGAUGUCGCUUACUCUUGGACAUAUUGCCUAGUCAUUUCUUGGAUGUAAUGCAAGAGGGGAUAUAGCGAAAGGGCAAGGCUGUAAUUCAAUAUUUUCUAGUGAUUAGCAGGGUACAUGUGCAGACGGCUUCAUAAGAGGAAUAGGUUACCAUUUGUGAGAGUCAAGUCUGAAUUGGAUUCCUCAAUAACUUCCUCGUCAUGAUUCAUUCAUAUAACAUAUAUCAUCCAGAAACAGAGGGAUGAAUAGCUGACAGGUGUCCCUACUUCCAGAUUCAAAAUGAAGACGAGUAGGAAGGAAAAACUAACUAGCUUGGGAACCCUAAAAGACCAGGUUCCUCGUCUGUUUGAAGUCCUUGACCUUGAUAUCUCGCCAGAAUACAGUACUGAACGGGCCCAGCGCCAGGAUAGCUGUGCUUACAAUCCGCAUAAUGCGCUGGGUAUCACUAUAGGCGGUAUUGACGUCAUCCAGAUAGGGAGUUCCCUUGGGGCCCGGCCAUCUGGGCCAGGGGGGUGAUCCGUAGAUGGCUUGGAUGGAUGCAUCAGACGGCAGGUACUUUCUCAAUUUUUUGUCUGUGAAGACACCGGUCCAGAUGACUGUGGCAACAGUCUGGCCAAUUGCGCUGCCGAUGGCGGAGAAAAGGUCGAGAAUGGCGAUGAUAGCGGCGAUGUGCUGAUGGUCUGAGGGCGCCAUCAUCGCCAUUUCACCGCAAAUCACCAUAGUACCGCCAGCAAGGCAUUGAAGAUCUGCGUCAUGACGACAUACCUGAUAUUGGAAUGGGCGAAGCGGAAAUGGAUUAUUAGGCCCUCUGCCAGCAACACGAGGGGGAUGGCAAAGUACACGGCAAGCCAUUUGAAGCAUCAAGACACCCACGACGAGGGCCCAGAAGCACGCCCACGCGGCACAUGGCUGAAAUGUAGGUGACUUGGGGGAUGUUCUGUCGUAUACCACCAUGAGCAUGAAGUAUGCACCCCAGAUGGCGGAGCUGGCGAAGACGAAGACGAGCAUCAGACCGCCGAAGAAAACGGUUCUGUCCAGGGGCAAGCGGAAGGGGACGAAGGGAACUGGGGCUAAGAAGGGUUCAUACAAAGCGAAGACAACCAGAAGGACUCCGCCGAAUGUGAUCAUGCAUAUGAUCAUCGGAACAGUGCCAUCCCGCCGGCAAGG